AUGGUCUCGACCAAGUCGCCCGAGUACUACACCUUUGUCAGCCUUCGCGGACUUGCGACAGAGGCAAGAGCACCCAACGACCAGGUCGUCCGGUGGCUUGAGAAUCGGGAGGCAGAAUGGACUCGUGAGCAUGCCAAGGCGGAGACGAGGGAGGGAGCGGAGCGAAAUGGGCUGGAACGAGCACCCGCACCCGCCGCCUCGACCUCGAGGCCAGCACCGCAGAAGACGCCCUGCUUCCCGACCGCAACCCUCGCAGAUCGACUAGCUGCUCUCCGUGCAUCCGGCCUUCCUGGUGCAACGUCCAACAUACCCCAGGCGGCCCCAAAUUCUCAGCCUCCUCCGCCUGUCCGCCCUUCCACAUCGCCUCGACAGUCUUCGUCUCGCACCUUGCGACAAUCUGCUGUUCCGUUGUCGCCGACUUCGAGUCCUCGAGCCGAGACCGGUGACCUCGUGGCGGAUGACGCAGUCGAGCGAACAGGCAGCACGCCGCCCAUCUUGCCGAUGUCAGAUGUGCAGGAGCCCGCGACAGUCUGGGAGGACUCGGCCGUGCAGUUUCGCCAGGAGGGCGGAGUACCCAUUGCGGAUGCAGAGCGCGGAGUGCUGGACAGAGGACCUGCAGGAGGAGUGGGUAUAGCGCCGGAAGAUCGAGGGGCCUUGAGCGGUUUGAGCGACUUGCCGUCUCCGACUCGCUUCAUGUCGGCGUUUCCGAGCGUGGACGACCUCGAGCAGCGUGUCGAGCAGUCUCGGCUUACAUCCGACCCCUCCGCCGCCUCGUCGUCCUUCUCCUUCCCCUCCGUCCCUUCUUUCGAUCCGUCUGCGGCACCUGCCAAACCCGCUCGUCCUCCUCCGCCAGCGCCUCGAUCACCGCGCGCUGACGCCAUGAUUGCCUCAUCUCCACCUCAAGGCGACUUUGCUCGACUUGCGGCCGACUUUGAGCGCACCUCGAUCGCUCCAGCCGAGAAACGCUCGUCCCGAGAUAAUCUUCCGCCAGCUCUCCGACCCGGCGGACGUCAACCUCCUCCAUCCGUGUCUUCCUCUGUAUCCUCGACGACCUCGACCCCGACGCCGCUGCCUCCGCCCUCAUCCGCGAGCAAGUCCCUCAAGAUCCCCUUUUCGGCCGAAGUCCGCCCUCUCGAGCUGUGGCAAUAUCUCCAGACUGCCCAGGGCGAGACCGGGCGCGGCCCGCGAGUGUUGCUGCUCGAUGUGCGGAGUCGAGACGAGUACGACCGCGGGCGGAUACGAGGCGAGACCGUCUGCCUCGAACCUCUGGCCUUGCGCCACGGCAUUCGAAGCACCGACAUCGAAGACGCCCUCAGCCUCGCCCCGCCGCACGAAGCCGCCCUCUUCUCCGCUCGAAAUCACUACGACAUCGUCGUGAUUUACGAUCGCUCGUCGGCCACUCUGCCCAACACCGCGCCUCCCUCUACCUCUUCCGACGCUCAGCGCACGCUCUGGAACCUUGUUAAUGCCAUUUACGAGCGCGAGUUCACCAAAUCGCUCCAGCGGCAGCCAAUCUUGCUGCGAGGCGGAUGGGAGGCGUGGGAGAAGCAGGUUGGGCCGAAGGGGAGCGUGGGGAGCGCCAUCGCACGAGCGAAUGGGCAUGCGGUGGACGAUGCGGCACGGGAUGCGAAGAAGGCGAAUCGCCGGGCGGCGGUGAUGCCAGGCGACGGACUGGUGAUGCGGAACGGGCACGGCGAGGCUGCACAUGGGCCGCCGUCCACUCACGAUGUCCAGCCGUACCCGUCUACGUCGAAUCGCGUCCUCUCCCCUCGACUCGCCAUGCCUCCAGCCGUCGCUCAGCGAUCCGGAUCGGCGCCGGCUUACGACCCUUUCGCACCGUCACCACCUGUUACUUCUCGGCCCUCGUACAGCCAGGCUCCCCUCCACGGGUUUCCCGAAUCGAUAUCUCCCGGCAUGCACUACCCUACACCUCGCACGCUCGCGGAUCACAGCGACAUGUACAGGCCCAGCCCGUCCGGCGCGUCGCCUUACGCCAGCUCCAACUACCCCCGCACUUCCUUCGACUACGCCCGCCCUUCGAUCGACUACCCUCAGCUACAAUCUCGUCCAGCUCCGCCCGUCACGCAAGCGAUACGUCCGCCUCCGCCUGUACCGGCAGUCGCUCGGCCACCACCCGCCAAGCCUGCUCCGCUUCGGUCGAAUUCGUCCUUCUCCAGCAUGCAGCCGGCGCAAUACUCGUCGGCGCACUCGCGCUUCCCUACGAGCAUGCUCAGCUUCGACGAAGGUGUCGUUGGCAUCAGCGGGCUCAAAAACCUCGGCAACACCUGCUACAUGAACUCGACGAUCCAGUGUCUGAGCGCUGCAAUCCCCUUCGCGCGGUACUUCACCGGCGGGUCCUACCGCAAGGACAUCAACACGGUCAACCCGCUCGGCACGAAGGGUGCGCUCGCCAAUGCCGUCGCCGAGCUCAUUCGCGCGCUCUGGGCGCAGCAGUAUCACUUUCUCUCGCCCGUCACCUUCCGAGAAGCCAUCUGCCGCGUCGCACCACAGUUCCGCGGCUCCGACCAGCAUGACGCGCAGGAGUUCCUCGGUUUUCUCCUGGACGGCCUGCAUGAGGACUGCAACUACGUCCUCAAGAAACCGCCGCCGGUCGAGAUGACGCCGGACCGCGAGCACGACCUCGAGACGCUGCCGGCGCAGUUGAUGAGCGAGCGCGAGUGGCAGAUUUACAAGAUGCGGAACGACAGCUUCAUCGUCCGCCUCUUCCAAGGGCAGUUCCGCAACCAGCUGCGGUGCUUGACUUGCCAGAAGACUUCGACGACCUACAACACGUUCAUGCCGCUCUCCGUACCCAUACCCGGAGGACGGGGCAUCCACAAGGUCUCGCUCAUGGCUUGUCUCGAGGCGUUCGUUCGCGACGAGGUGCUGGACAAGGAUGAUGCUUGGCACUGUCCUCGCUGCAAGAAGAAUCGCAAGGCGAUCAAGAAGCUCUCGCUGUCGAAGCUUCCGCCCAUCCUCGUCAUCCACCUCAAGCGUUUUUCCUUUCACGGGCCGUUCAGCGACAAGCUCGAGACGCAAGUGCAGUACCCGCUCGCCGGCCUCGACUUGAACGCCUUCCUGCCGCCUCCGCUCGUUGACAAGAUGGGCCAGCCCAUCAACCCUGGCCCGCCGAAUGGCUACAUCUACGAUCUCUUCGGCGUGACGAACCACUACGGCAACCUUAGCAGUGGCCAUUACACUGCCUACGUCCGCAGCGGCAAAGAAUGGAACAACAUCGGCGACUCGAAGGUCACGCCAUGCGAUCCUCGCGUCGUCGAGUCGGCAAAGUCGGCGUACAUCCUUUACUACACCCUCCGCACAUAG